AACACAAAGCAGUUACAACAUUCUUGAGACGCCACACCACACGGGUAUACCUGAGGACCACCGAAAGACUUCUCAUCAACAGAUAGGGUACUCCCGUAAUUUCCGCAGAGUACGGGGGAAACUCCCUUUCACAAUUUUGGGGACUCUCGGCUUCCCGUAAUUUCCACACACAAAAAAACGUGUUUUUCUUUUUUUGAUUCCAACUUUCGAUUUGAUUCGAUCACUACGUUUCACCUCUUCGCACACUCUCAGAGUCGGCAGUGGAAUCAAAUCAGUCGAUCUUCACAAUCCUCAUCGUCUUCAAUCUCAAAGAUCGAAACUUUCUUUGUUUGUUUCCUUUAACAAUGGAAUUGGCAGAUUUACCCGAAGCCGGUACCAAUUUCCGACCCAGGUCCUUCGAAAUCGAUCUCAACGAGACCCCCCUGCCCUCUCCUCGCGAAACCCUCGACGCCGAGGGAGAGAUUUUGGUGUGUGGUGGUUGCGGCCGAGGGUUUCAUGUCAAGUGUUUGGGGAUAAAGGAUGACCAAAAGUCUAGAGAGAGAAAAUGCUUCAAGUGUCUGAUGAGCAAUGGUGGAAGAGCAGGGAUUUUGGACAUGAAUGCGUCGCCGCCGCGAGAGGAACUUGGAGAGGGGUUUGUUGUGGAUUUGGAGAGCUCUGGACAUAGAGUUCCAGCUAGGGUUCCAGAGCAAAAGGAUGACAAAAUGCAUGCCAUGCGUGAUAUACCUUUCGUUGGUCACCCUCUCAAUGCCCCAGUGACGACUUCAAAUUUGUUAUAUCUGGAAAAUAGAUUUAAUCUCCAAAAGGCAUCUCGUGGUUUGACACAAAUUCCUAAAUCAGUUUUUGAAGAUAUAGUGCUGGACAGACUGUAUAGAACGUCAAUGGAAGCAGGUUUGAGCUCCACGCCUAAAGGAGGGCUUUGGCCCAGUCAUUGUACACCUCUAAACUUUUUUCGUCAGAGUCAAAGUGAGGUGUAUCUUCAAACUCUUAGAGAAUAUAUACGUGAGAAACAAGGUUUGUUAGGAGACAAUUGGUGUGUGGAAUUUAUUUAUUGUAAAAACAGAUGUAAAACCUUUGCGGUUUAUUGUGCUCCUGAUGGCAAUAGGUUUGAGUCAAUGUCUGAUGUUGCUGGGCAUCUUGGAUUAUUGUCAAACUAUCUUUCAUUGGAAAUGGAGGACAGGAAUGAUGGGUUUGCUUCACUGCAGAAAGGAUUGCAUUUAAACCGGAGACGAAAGGAAUUUUUGAGGUUUUCAAGAGCCAAUAACUAUAGAGAUAGUCAGAAUAAUCCGGCUGGCAAAUUUGAGAGCAGCAGGAGCAAUAUGGAAGCCAACUCCAUGGAAUAUGGUGGCUGUGGAUUUCAGCAAUUUCAGGAUGGCUUCCCUUUGCAAUUUGAAGAUUUUUUUGUCCUUUCUGUGGGCAAGGUUGAUCCACGGCCCUCAUACCAUAACAGUAGUCAGAUCUGGCCUGUAGGUUACAGAUCUUGCUGGCAUGAUAAGAUUAGUGGGUCCAUUUUUGUUUGUGAAGUUUCAGAUGGUGGUGAUUCAGGUCCCAUCUUCAAGGUUCGAAGAUAUCCGUGCUCCACACAACCUGUUCCUAUUGGUUUGACAGUCCUCCUGAGGCAAAAAUCUGACUUGUAUUAUUGGCAAGAUAAAGUUGGAAGUGAUGAUUCAGCUAGUUUUGGGAUGGAUGAUGAUGAGAAUCUGAGUAUUCAGAUGAUGCUUACAGAAGAUAGCCCACCAAAUUUGGAAGAUGUUGAUUUUCAAAAAGCAUAUAGUUCGACAACCCAAAGAUUUUUAAGCAUUAUAACAGAUGAUUUAGGGCAGGGUGACUGUAUUGGUGAAUUUUUAGUUGAAGGGAGGUCAUCACCAAUGGUUUGGGAAAUGGCCUCUCGAACUCUAAUGCAUGCUUUCCAUAAGGUAUUGAAGCAAACAGGUGCAAUCCAGUUUUGUUGUAAACAUGAUGUGAAUGGAGAUCAUGUUAAAGCAGCAGACAAUGCUGAUUCAUUAUCCAAGUUUUGUUAUUCGUUUGGCCCUACUAACAUUCCGCAUUUAAUUCAGAGCAAUAAUGAGGUUGACACUUAUAGUGAAGUGCUGAUGAAAUGGUUACAACAGGACAGAUUUGGAUUAGAUGUGGAAUUUGUACAAGAAAUCUUAGAACAACUUCCCGGGGUUCAUGCCUGUUCAGAGUACAGAUUUCUGAACAAAAGAAAUCAGAACUUAGGUUUGCAAACAGUUGGAAGUGGGUUUUUUCUGUCUAAAAGGAAGAGUAGGAAAGGAGCAGAUGGUUCUUUCCUAAGCUUUAAAAGACCUCGGAAGCAGUUAGUUGAAAACUUGGGCACGAAGAAAUCUUUUCCUUUAGGCAAGCCAUUGAGUUCAAAGCUUCCUGCACAUUUGAUCGGUGACGUUCUUCAGGUUUGGGAGUUUCUAUGGCGUUUCUCAAAGGUUUUAGGCUUGGAGGAACCUUUUUCAUUCCAGGAACUUGAAAAUGAACUUAUGAAUCCUUGGUUAGACACAAAAAAUCCACUAAAAGAAGCUGAAAAUGAUUUCCAAAAUGGUGGGGAUGUCACCUUGUGUACUGGUGCAGCAUUGAGAAAGGCCCAUAGCUCACUGCUGAAAGUGUUAAUUAGUGAACUCCUUUUGAAAGUUGCGGGAUAUAUAGACCCCAACUUUGAUGUGGGAGAAUGUAAGUCGAGACGAGGUAAAAAGAAAGAUGCAGACAACUCAGUUAAUUCAAAGAAAACAAAGUUUGAUAUGCUCAAGAUCAAUGGACUUACUUGGCCCGAAUUAGCUCGGAGAUACAUCCUAGUUGUCCUGUCCAUCAUGGAGGGUGACCUUGAAUCUACAGAGAGUAAUGGCCGGGAGAGCAGUAAGAUCUUUCAUUGCUUACAGGGUGACGGUGGAACUCUUUGUGGUGCCCUUACAGGAGUAGCUGGAAUGGAGAUAGAUGCACAACUUCUUGCAGAGGCUAAAAAGAAAGUCUUUGGUUUCAUGAAGAAAAAUCACAUUAGCGCAGAUCAAGGAGCGGUUGAUGCAUCAAGUGCUUCCAAAGUUAUUGAGGUGAAUAGCAGUGAAGUCCCUGAGUGGGUGCAGGCACUAGAACCUAUAAGAAAGCUACCCACAAAUGUUGGAGCCAGAAUUAGGAAGUGUGUGCGUGAUGCUUUAGAGAAAAAUCCUCCAGAAUGGGCAAAGAAGAUACUGGAACAUUCAAUUAGCAAGGAAGUUUACAAAGGGAAUGCAUCAGGACCCACGAAGAGAGCCAUUGUCUCAUUGCUGGCGGAUAUGAGCCUUGAAAAUCUGCAGCCCAAACCUGAUAAAAAAGAGAAAGUGAAAAGUACGAGCACUGUAUCUGAGUUAAUAAUGAAACAGUGCCGCAUUGUAUUACGGCGUGCUGCUGCUGAAGAUGAAGAAAAAGUCUUCUGCAAUCUGUUAGGAAAAACACUUAUUAAUCCUAAUGAUAAUGAUGAUGAGGGACUCCUAGGAUAUCCUGCAAUGGUAUCUCGUCCUUUAGACUUCAGGACUAUUGAUAUGAGAUUGGCUUACAAGGCCUAUGGUGGAUCCCACGAAGCUUUCCUUGAAGAUGUUCGGGAGGUUUGGAAUAACAUUCGCACUGCAUAUGCAGAUCAAUCUGAUUUGGUCGAAACUUUAUCCCAAAAGUUCGAAGUUAUAUAUGAAAAAGAGGUCCUGACACUGGUCCAGAAGUUUGCUGAGAAUACCAAUUCUUUAAACAUAAGGGAUGAAGCAAAAAAAGAGUCUGAUGAUAUGCUUUUACAUGCAAAUGAGAGCUCACUUUCCAAAGCUCCCUGGGAUGAGGAUGUAUGCAAAGUGUGUGGAUUAGACAAAGAUGAUGACAAUGUUCUUUUGUGCGAUACUUGUGAUUCUGAGUAUCAUACAUAUUGCUUAAACCCUCCACUUGCUAGAAUUCCGGAAGGAAAUUGGUAUUGCCCUUCUUGUAUUGCUGGUCAAUUCAAGUCUCAAGGCACAUCACAUGGUACUCUGGUCAGUCAAUGCCGGAGAAAGAGACGCCGCGGAGAAUUCACACAAAAUUUUAUGGAGACACUGAGCCAAUUAGCACUCACUAUGGAGUCGAAAGAGUACUGGGAGCUCAAUGUAGAAGAGAGAAUUUUACUUCUAAAAUUUUUGUGUGACGAGACACUGAACUCGGGCAUUCUUCGUGACCACCUAGAUCAUUGUGCCUCUAUAUCUACUGAUUUGCAGCAGAAGCUGAGGUUCCUAUCUUCUGAAUUGAAGAACCUAUCAUGCAAGGAAGAAAAUCUGCCAAAAGCAAACAAUGUGCAUAAUAGAGUUGGAGAAUUGGCUUCAGAUGGGUUGCCUUGUAUCAUUGAUAGAAAUCAAAAUUUUAAGGAGUCUGAUAUAGUUGGUCAACUACGAAAUCAACAGCCUGUUGAGGAGCAGAGUCUAGUACCUGAGAAUCAUUUUUCCAGAAACCUUGAGAUGAGCUCCCUUGAGAAUGAGAUUUCUGUUAUCCAGGAUUCAAUUGCUCAUGUAGAAUCUGAACUUCUGAAGGUAUCUGUUCGAAAAGAAUUUUUGGGAAAGGACUCUGGUGGCCGAGUGUACUGGGUUUUUGGCAGGCCCGAUACUUCCUCACUGGUGGUUUUUAAUGGUUGUAUGGAGGUAAAAAAGAGUGAAAUGAAAGAGCUUGGAGAUCCUACUGAAAAAAAUUCAAAUUUGAGGAACUCAUUGGUUUCUUACCAAUCUGAUACUGAAAUUGAAGAACUCGUUGGUUGGCUGAGAGAUGGUGAUGCAAGGGAUAGAGAACUGAAAGAGUCUAUCAUGCGUUGGCGAAGAAAUAAAUGCAAAGACUCCAAUAAUGCUGAAAAUCAAAUUCAAAAUGACCUCUCCAAUGGUGGAAAAGCUUUUGAAUCCAAUUUUCCGGUGACCGAGGCUAUGACUGUUUUGGAAAAGAAGUUUGGUUCUUGCUUGAAACCAGAGGUUACCGAUGUCUCAAAGAAGACGGGUCCGAAAGAUAAGGUAUCUUUUGAGGGUAGAAUGUACAGAUGUGAAUGCCUAGAACCUAUAUUGCCUGUUAGACCUCAUUGCCGAUCGUGCCACCAGACAUUUUCCAUGAGCACGGAACUAGAGAGUCAUAAUGAUGGAAACUGCAGUGCAGGUUCACCUGUCCCCGAGAAUAACAAAGAACGUGAAGAUUUAAAGAAGGGGAAGAGGAUGACAACUAAAACCCUAGCUGAGCAGCGCUGUACUGACAAAGGAUUUUUUAGAAAAUCAAGAAGCGGAAAGAAUGAGAUUGGCUAUAAUGCAGUAAAAUUUCAAGAGCCGGAUUGUCCGUUUGACUCUGAGGAGAUCAAGUCAAAGUUUGUCACCAGGAACUCUCUUAAGGAAUUGGUAGAUGACGUGGGACUUAUUAGAUCUAAUGGGAUUCCAUCAUUUUUGCCGAGUUUAUCUCCUUAUCUCAGUGACCCUGCCUUAAGGUUAGUCCUUACCGGAAAGAAUGAGAUCAAUAAUGGAAAGGAAUUUGUGGGUAUGAACGGUAAUAGCAGUUCCAACAAUUUGCCAAGAAAUGCUGAAAACGACAUUGAUGAGGCAUCGAAAAUUGAGAGAUUAGACUCUAAUUUUACGAAUGAAAGGGUUCAAUUGUCUGCUAGAAAGAACAGAUGUCCAAAGCUUGGGGUUGGUAAGCACUGCGUGUUUCGUGAAUCGUCAUCGAGACGAUUAGUGGGUAGGGUUUCUCAACUUCUACGGCAACUCAAGAUCAACUUGCUUGACAUGGAUGCGGCGCUUCCUGAGGAAGCUCUGAGACCUUCUAUGUCCCAUUUGGAAAAAAGAUCUGCCUGGCGUGCAUUUGUAAAAUCUGCAGGUUCAAUCUAUGAGAUGGUCCAAGCAACAAUCACACUCGAGAACAUGAUAAAAUCCAAAUACUUGAAAAACAGUUGGUGGUAUUGGUCUUCUCUUUCUGCUGCAGCCAGUAUUUCUACUCUUUCGGCUCUAUCUCUCCGCAUAUACACCUUGGAUUCUGCCAUCAUGUUUGAAAAGCCUUCACCAACUUCGGAUUCUAUAGAAGAUAUCAAAUCAAAUCAAAAUGACAAUGCGAAACCAAAAACUAGACAAAGCACAAGAAGGAAAGACUCUGGAGGGUGAAAUCGAGCAGACACUUGUUACCAUUGUAAAUUUUUUUUUGGACCUAGUUGAAUCUGAAGCAGUCUUGACCUCUUCUUAAUGUGGAGUUCUUUUGUAACCCUAAUGUUGGAAGGCAUGAGGGCAUUUGCUGCUGCCAUGCCCCCUUCUUGUCUGUAUAUAGAAAGCAAGGCUGAUUCACUGAUAGAUGUCGGAUGGUGAUUCAGAAUCAACUUGUGCUGAACUGGUUUCUCAGAAUGGGAGCUGCUGGUGCCGUCUUCCGAAGAGUAAAAUUUACAUUUUGUAUAUGAAAGUAUCACUCUGGGAAAAAAAGAGUAAAAAAAAGGAAUCUGCGCAGGUGUAGGUCUGUUGUGUAUAUGUAUAUGUUUAAGAAUGUUGUCCAGGUUUUUGUUAGAAAUGUGAAGGCUUAGUUUAAAUCCAGCCCUUCUGUACAACAAGGAUUAGGCCUGGGAUCCUUUCCUUAAUCGCUCUAUUUUUCUGUUUUUAAAUACAUGUUUUGAGAUGGUCAUAUGUUGAAAUAUUCACCAGAUUCAAAUGGAAAAUAAAGAAAUAACAUUUUGGCACCAAAAAA